AUGGGUGCUUCAUCUUCGACGGAUAACAAAGAGUCACCGGAAAAGCGAGAAAUCGAAAGCCUUGCCGCUUCCACCGGAGCUCUCCCUUUACUUCAACGCUCUUUCUCCAAUCUCGCCGAUUCUCAAACCAACACAGUCUCUUUCCAAUCCUUCAAGCAAAGUUUCUGCUUGAGCUACAACACAACCACUUCCGAAGGAAACCAGAAAAUCCCAGAUUCAUUCCCCAGCUUAUUGGAGCAAUUAGGAUCAUCUUUAGUAGAUUUGUUCUUCGUCCCUGAGAAAGGAGGAGAAUUGAGUUGGGUCGAAUUCGCUAAAGGCUACGUCAAAUGCUGCGGAAGAAUGUCAGCUUCAAUGUCAUUCAACACUCUGUUGAGGCUCUUCCACGUGACAUCCAAAAACGCAGGCCUUUCUUCGAAGCUAGAGUUCGAAUCUGACGAAUCCGAUUGCAAGAUCAACGGCUCGAUUUCGGCGACGGAGCUGCUUACGUUUCUAUGGUUGUGUUGGACAAUGUCUUGGGAUGGUCGAGCCACAAAGUCUUCUGCUGGUGAAUUGUUUCUGCCACAAAGUCUUCUGCUGGACAAUGUCUUGGGAUGGUCGAGCCACAAGGUCUUCUGCUGGAAAGAAAAUUGUUCUCUCUCUUUCUCAGAUGAUCAAUUAAGCCACCAUUAG